GGAAUGACAGCGAAAGUCAUUCAAAGUGACUCUUCCGUGGGAUUAGGUCGGAUAACGUUGCUGGAAUAUAUACAUAGCGUGCGGUCGAGACUAGCCCAGCUAAAUAGUGAAUUGUCGUUGCAUUGGCAAGGCAGUGAGAGUUGUCGACGGACUGUACGGAGGUCCUCAUCCAGCAGUGGAUAAUCAUAUGUCCGGUGACGACGACGAUGGAGAGACACGGGGUAACCUCAUCACAGAAGCCGACCAAUUUCACCAAAUCAACGAGCAAUGAGCAACCACGGACGACGUGGUUACUGCAAAACAAACGAUGACACCCCGGGAAUGAUGUAUCGAUCAGAUGCAAUAAUAACCACGAAUCGAUUGGAGAAUCAAUAGUAUAUUGUUGUUGCUUUGUCUUUGUGGUGCAUGCGAGAAUCUAGAGUGGCCGUUACUUUCAUAUCACCAAUUGUAUAUACACACACUAUUUAACAUUCAGAGGGUAUCGACUUAUUUAACGUGCAAUUCGAUACACGUUUCAUGAGUCGUGUUAAUCGAGAGCUUUUGUUAAAUCGCGUUAUUCUCUCCGUUAAAAAACAAAGAGCAAAACUCGGAAACAUUAAAGAGGCAAUUCAAACUUGUGCCAAAGGGGUGUCGACAAGCCGUAGCACGAGACGCAUCCCCCCCCCCGACCCCGCGAUUGAUUUAUGUAAAAUAACGGUGCAAAAACAAGUUCGAUCUUAAUAUAAAUCGGAUAAACAAUGCCCUGGAACGCCUCCUAAUUAGCCAACCCCGGAAGCGGAAGCGGCAUCGCGGAGUGGUGGUGGGUCGUGACCCACGUGGCGACGCUUAUAAACAAACACGUGGGCGAUGAUGGGGGUGGGGGGCAGCAGCAGCAUCAGCAGCAGACGACGCAGCACCACCACCACUACCAGCAUGUGUCCACGUGCCCGGAGAGAAACGGUUAAUUACUAAAAAAUAAUUAAUUUUUAUUUUACUAUUACUUAACGUGUUAUUGUUAACGUUGCUUUGACGCUACAGUAAAUGGAAUCGUAGUAAUAGUAACAAUAUAAUAAAAAAGGGUUGGGGGGGGGGGAGGCAACGUGAGCAUGCAUUAGCGAGAAAGAACACGUUCAACCAGUCGGGAAAAUUCACGAAGCGAAAAUAAAUCGCAGCCAUCGUUGGCGAUAGGGUGAAGACGAUGGCCUGGAGAGGAGCUGGAAACGCGAUGCUCUCGACCAUUCAAUCGCCCGGCCUCAUCAUGAGCUCAUCCCGUAUCGUGGCCGGGGCCCUGCUGGCUGCACUGGGCACGGCGGCGGGGAUUUACUGCGCGUGGAGGAAGCUCGGCUCGGCACAGGGAGGCGAGGGAACGGGGCCGGAGGGCGACUGUGGUGGUCGUGUUGGUGGUGGUGUUGUUGGUGGUAGUGGUGGUGGUGGAGAGGUCACGGAAUUGCGGAGCGACUGUGAAGGGGAGGCGUGGUGCGAGCCGGAGUGCGCACGGGGGAAGGAUGGAGACUCGUCGGACAUCGAGUAUUCCCGAGAUUCCUCGAGCGCCGGGUUCGAGGCUCCCUUAGAUCUUCCGCAGGUCGCGACUGGCCUCCUCUGCGGCCUCGAGGACGCACUGAGCCAGACGGUGGCUCUGGUGGAGACGAUGGGCCAGUGGAGCGAAGCGGCCUCGCCUCUGCAGCGCGACCUGGCGACCUACCCAGUGCUGGGCAUGGACUGCGAAUGGGUGGUGGAGGACGGCAGGGCGAUGCCAGUCGCCCUGCUACAACUCGCCUCGGCCAGUGGCUACUGCGUGCUGGUGCGGCUCUGCCCCCUCAACUCCUCAACCCCCUCCUCCACGAUCUCAUCUACGACCUCCUCGUCCUCCUCUCCCGAUUCCUUCUCCUCCACCGCCGUCGACGGUGCAGCGGACCUGACUAACGCGUUGCCCUCCGGCCUACGGGACCUGCUGGCCAGCAGGGCCGUUCUCAAGGCUGGUGUGGGCGUGUUUGACGACGCUCGGCGGCUGGAGAGGGACCGCGGCGUCACCGUGCAUGGCUGCGUCGACCUUCGGCACCUGGCGAUCCGGCACGGGCGGUGCAAGGGCCGCUGGAACGGCCUGGGCCUCAAGGUGCUAGCGCUCGCAGAGCUCGGCUUGGAGAUGGAGAAAUCGGCAGAGCAGCAGCAGAGCGACUGGGAGGCGCCGGAGCUCUCGGAGGCGCAGGUGAAGUACGCGGCCCACGAUGCCCAGGUGUCGGUGCGCCUGUUCCUCAGUCUACUGGGCCGCAGCCUGCAGGCGCCGGCGAGUGACGCGCUCGGCCGGAGCGACGAGGGGGGGGAAGACUGUAGCGGCGCGAGCACCAGUGUGGUGUCGGUCGACUCGGGCUGUGGCUCGGAGUGGGCAUCGCCCGCUGGCAUCGUGGGCCCGGGGGAGUGCUGGGCGCGACUGCUGUCUCGCUGCGCGGGACUUGUCGACGUCCCCUUUAAAAAGCUGAAUGUGGAGACCGUGGGGAGGCUGCACGUGCGGUCGUCAUCCAACGACUCGACGGAGAGCCGCGAUGCUGAAUCUGUGCCCGCGGAAAAUGGGCUGAGUGGCGGUGAUGCCGGCAGUUGCAGCAGCAGGAGCAGCAGCAGCGAGAACAGCCACGGUGACAGCACACUGUCCGUCAUCGGGAUUCCCAAGGUCAAGAGGGAAGGCUUCUUCUCGCCGAGGAAGUCUCCGCUCUACGACAACUGCCUGCUCAAGGCGCCAGACGGGCAGCCGCUGUCGACGUGCGACCGUAAGAAGGCGCAGUGGUACCUCAACCGCGGCAUCGCAGAGCUGGAAAGCCAAGAACCCAUGGUGGUGCGGCUGGUGUUCGAGCCGGCCGGGCGCCCGGACUCGCAGCACGACUACUACCUUGGCGUCAAGCGCAACGUGUGUGUGGUGUGCGGCCGUGCCGAGUCUUACGUCAGGAAGAGCAUCGUUCCGCACGAGUACCGCCGCCACUUCCCGCAGCAAAUGAAGGACCACCAGUCGCACGACGUGCUGCUGCUCUGCACGCCGUGCCAUGCCGCGUCGGCCGCAAAUGACCUGCGCCUCAAGCGCCAGCUCGCCGACGAGUGUAGCGCCGGCGGUAGUGGCGUUGCGGCGGAAGGGCCCCGCGUCACCGACGACCCCGUGCGGCGCAACGUGAGAUCGGCGGCGCGCGCGCUCCUUCGCUCGGGUUCGGCGCUGCCCCCGCACCGGCGUCGUGAGCUGCUUGGCUGUGUCCGCAGCUUCUACGCCGAGCGCUGGAGCCACCUCGGCAGCUGCCACCAGCUGCUGCAGGAGGCCGCCAAACUGGAGACCAGGGUGGUGAACGGGCAGCACGUGCCGCACGGGCUGCGCGUGGUGCAGGUGUACAUGCGCCAGGGGCUACCCGCCCUCGCCUCCUUGGAGCGCCGCUGGCGCCAGCACUUCCUGGACACAAUGCUCCCGCGCCACCUGCCACCAAACUGGUCCGUCACGCACAACCACGACAAGCUGAUGCUGCUGCGCUCGGACCCCACCGACGGCACAACGCCGACGAAGUGCAUACCAGGAGCUAGCAAUGUUUGCACACCGUCCGGCGGUGACAAACCGGUCGCCUUCAGCACACCAGUCAACGGUGGCACAACGGGAGCCGGUGAUAGUACGCCCACAACACUCGGUGGCGCAUCAGCCGUCGCUGCUGACGGUGUUUGCGCUGUAAAUGGUCCGACAUGCCGCCACGCGCCUGGCACGAACUACCUGCCAGUGGAGAACUUGCGGCCUGGGCAAAUGUGACGGAGGCCAACUGCUGCCCACUCGCUGACCAACGUCUACCUCGUGUUAAAAAGCCAGCUCCGGUGCUCGGCCUCCUAUCGGGAAAGAGAAUGUCUUUGGAAGAUGGGUGACAUUUCUUCGCCUUGAGAGACUGCAUUCCAGUAGUGGCGCUGCCUGCAGUCAUGGGUCGGCCUAAUCUACAGUGAACCACGGGUGCAUAAAAAACUGCUGCGCCAUGCGAAUGCAUUUGCGCUCUGUGCGGCGUCAAGUGGAAUUAUGCGUAGUAAAGCAUUAAGUCGUGUUUACAGUGUUUGAGCUCAAUGGGAAAUCUAUUAUAUAAACUUGAAAUUAUUUGAAUUCUGUAACAGUCGGUGGAAUUUGUACAGCCUAUUCAACUGUAAAUAGUAAUACUGCUUCUGUAAGAAAUAACCGAACUGCGACACGUCUUCAUACAAGUCAAAUGUAAAAGCAUGUGAAAAUAAAAAUCCUUAAAAGGCAAAA